CCUGUCAAUGAAAUGUUCCAAAAGGUUCUCCUUGAUGAUAUACACCUUCAUUAUGGAGAAUUCAUGAAUGAUCUAUCCAAAGCAGUGAUUGCUGGCUUUCCUAACAAGCUCAACUUCUAUGUGAUGGGGAAUGUGUCAUUCUUCAAGAGCAAUUGGUCUGAGAUUAAGGGAAGUGCUGCCAUGUUUGUUGGAUUUCUCCUUGGCAAUCUCCCACAGGAUCGCCAUGACACCGUAUCCAAGGAGCAUGUCUGUGCGGCGCUAAUAAUGUUGCUGAAAGAUCCCUCACCAGAGGUCAGGAUCAAAGCUGCCGAGGCCAUGAGCUGGUUACAUAACUAUUAGAUUAGAGCUACAUUGAUAUUGGAGUGACGCUACCAUAGCUACAUGCCAAGAAUAGAACCUACAUAAAAGAAUGUAGCUAGCUACAAAUUGGAGAGAAAAUAAAAGGUAGCUACAUAACUAUUAGGAUGUAGCUACAUAUUAUUGGAGUGUAGCUUCAUAACU